GCGUGCGCAACUAAUGCAUGUGCGGCGUCCUUUAAUUUUCUGAACAGCAAGCGAACUGCGAAGUGCUUGACGAAAAGCUCGGAUUUCUGCUGUUUUAAACCUAAGAACACAAUAUCACGAUGCCUGCGGCUGAACAUGACAUCCCCACCAAGAUCUUCCUUGGAAAUCUGUCCUUCGAAACAGAUGAGGAUAAACUCCGGGACGUUUUUUCCAAAAUGGGUCCCAUUGAUCAGGUUUUAUUGAUGAGAGACAAGGAGAGUGGUUUGUCUCGUGGUUUCGGAUUCAUCACUUACCAAAACCCUAGUGAUGCAAAAGAUGCAGUCAGCCGGAUGAAAGAAACUGAACUUGAUGGGAAGUUCAUCAAGGUGGACAUGGCUCUCAAGGGCAUUAAGCAGCAGACAUUGGCAGGGAGGGGAGGCCCCAGCCCGCGUGGCAUGGACAGAGGAAGGGGUGGAUUCAGGGGCAGAGGUGGGCCACCAGGCCGUGGACGUGGCUUUGAAUCCUCCAUGGAACGACCCCUCCUCUCAGGACCCCCAGGGCGGGGAGGCGGUCCCCCAUCCCGCGGAGGUCCCCCAUCCCGCGGAGGUCCCCCUAGCCGCGGAGGUCCCCCAAGCCGUGGGGGACCCCUAGGGAGGGGCGCCCCAGGGAGGGGUGGCCCUGUGGGUCGAGGGGGCCCACCAACCAGAGGUGGCCCUCCGUCAUCCCGUGGUGGAUACCCAUCGAGGGGCGGCGGGCCUGGCCACCAUGCUGACAGUCCGUCGUCCAGGGAUGACUUUCAGUCUGUGGCUAGGGCCUGCCCACCAAGGGGUGGAAAAGAGCCACUGCUGUCUGCUCCGCCUACGAGUGCCAUGGGCGACUACAGACCUCGUGGCUAUGACAGAGGAUUUGAAAGAGAACCAGAACCACGUAGAGAGCCUUUACGUGCGAGUCGAGGUGGUCCCUAUGCCCCCGUGCCUGAGUAUGAUCAUGCUCCUCGUUCAGCGUAUGAUGCAGAGGAGCCAAUUGCCGAGCCUCGUCGCAGGGCCUACCCAGAAGAGGAAUACGGAGCAGCUCCAGCAUCAGCCAGGCCAUCUCGCAGUGGCUACGAUGAGGUAGCACCAGACCCCUACGCCCGUGAGCGCUACCCCCCAGCAAGAGAGGAGCCCCCACGCAGAGCUUAUCCUGAGAGGGACGGUUAUGCCAGUCGCGAGUCUCGUGAUCCCUACGCCCCGCCCGCCAGGGAUUCCUACAGCACUGCCGCAGCCUCCCGGCCGUCCUACGACUACAGCUUGCCGGCCAGCCGCGACGCCCCGGCCGCACAGCGCGAUUACACGCCAGCCACGGCACGCACUGCCAGCCGCUUUGAAGAGGAGCGCGGGGCCCCGCCACCAGCGCGGGCGUACGAGAGAGCGCCACCAAGGGAGUACGGGGAUCGGGCCGAGGCAGGCUACAGCAGGGAAUACGAACGUGAAGCAGCACCUAGUCGUUCAUCAGCCUAUGCUGAGCAGUACCCCAGAUCUCAAGCCAGGGCCUCUGAGCGUGACUAUGCAGGAGCUUCCAGUGCGGCCCCUCGCUAUGACCCAUACCCCGCCCGCGAUUCAUUUGCCGACGCCCGCCCCGCCCGCCCAGCCGAGAAAUCCCCUUACGGGGCGCGUGACUCAUAUGGCUCGCCCUCCUCUGCUGGAGGCCGCGGGGCGUACCCCGCUGAGCGUGCUUCCCGCCCCUUGGAUCGUAACGGUGGUGGGGUAGCACCGGCCGCACGGGCCCCACCUACCUCCCGCCCCCCACCCCCAAGCAGGGGUUACGAACGCUACUAAAAAUUUGGCCCACUCUGAGAAAAAAAAAGUGAAGCCAGAGAUCUGCAGAGAAACAAAAGAUUUAAGUGUAUGUAAAUAAAGGCCAAAUUUGAAUUACCUCAAAGUUAAAGUUCAAACAGGUGAAAAGUUCAAACUGGCCAAAGACGCACAGAAAUACAAAUGAGCAAGUGUUUAUAGGAAAGGCCAAGUUGGAAAAGACCUGAAGUUUAAAAUUCUCAGUGUUGACUUUUUAAACAUUUUUUUUUAGUUGACUUGUUAAAGUUUUAUAGUGUUGGAAGAAAAUUAGUAGAAAAUGUGAAAAUGUAUUUUUAAUGCUUGUUUUAUAAUUUGUUUCUACUUUAAAAUGUACACGUGUAAAAUAUCUUUUAAUGGCUUGAACAACGCAAAAUGAUGACAAAAAUCAUGAUUCCUUUUAAUUUUUUUAAAGAUCGGUGUGUUCAUAAUACAUGUAUUCAACCAAAACAUAAAAAUCACCGGAAAAGACUCAGUUGUACAAAUUUGGCUUUAAAUUCUGUUAGUGUUAAAACAUAAACGAGAAAUCAUUUCAGAAUGUACAAGUGUACACACUACACCUUAAUUGUAAAAGUCUGUGUGUCAAAAAAAUCUGUGAAUAAUUAAGGGGGAAGAUAUCGAAGCAUUUGAGCAGGUAUGUACACCUCUUCACCUGCUUGAAGACCUUUGCCAAAAAGUAAUUUCUACCUAAUCAUGUAUCUUCAUAUUCAUGAACCCGCCACGGUUUGCGAUUGUCAAAUUACACAAUAGCAGCAAGGUAUUGCAAAUUAAAAUUCUCCAAUCAAUCGCAUCAUCGACAUGAAGGCCUGUAGAGAAGGCUAUCUACAUGUACAUGUACUUCUACAAACCAAGUCAUAAAAUGGUGUUGAAAUUACUGUUUGAUACAUUUUUCCCUUUAAUGUGGCUACUUACUCCAAAAACAAGAGCUAGGUGUUUUUCUUCUUCGUGUGAUUUUGAAGUUGGUUGGUGAUAUAUUUUAGUCAAAAGUAAGCAACCUGCUGUUUCUGACAGUUACCCCCACCCCCAGUAACAUCGCCAGUUCGUUUCUUAGGCCAUAUUGUUGAGGUACAUGUAAUGAGUCGGUGAUUAUUACAAAAAGGUGUGAAAAGUGUUUGGGAAUUUUUGUAAUUGAUGAGACCAAGAAUGUUCCAAAGUCGACCAGGAGGGAUGUAUCAAUCUGGAUUAAACAAAAUACUUAAAAGCUUUUCGUGAAAGAAAAGGUUCAAAUAUUUAUUAAAACGUCAAACAUGUUUUUAAAAAUCUGCACGAAAACUGCAACAUUACCUGUCGCGACAGGAGAUACGCCAGAAUUACGCGGAACAUGGAAAAUAUAACAACAUCCAAGGUCAGAGCAAUUUGAAAAACAUGUACAUGUACAAUGCACACCGUUCACGUUUGUCCAACCUUUGCAUCUGUCAAGUCCAUUAAAUUGAAAUAAUGACUUCAUUUGUUUCAAGUUCAUUUUGUUUAAAAUGAAAAAAAAUACCAAAGUGUACAUACAAUCGGUUAUCUUGAUUAAUUAAACCACCCCCGUAGAAAAAUUAUAUCCACUAAAGAGUUUUACCAUUUCGCUGCUCAAUUUAAAAUGCGAAAUCGUUUCAAAGAUUAUGCUGUAAAUGCGUGCUCAGGAAAGAUAAUUGCGCUCGUCAUCGCAUAAAUACACAUAUACAUGUAUACAUUUCCAUGGAAAUGCUGUUACCUAUAAAAUACAAAGUAUGUAAUUAGAACUUGUUAACCAGAUUUGAUACGUCCCUGUAUGUUUUGUUGAGAAAUUUCAUUUAAAUGUCCGCUAGGUAUUGUCGCUAUUAAAAAGAUAGAAUUGUUGUAAUUAUUCUGAUGAAUGUAACAAAAAGCACAUGUGUGUUUCCAUGUGCGGUACAGUAACGCUUACCCCCUUGAGUGAUUCACCUUCCUCACUCUUGUAAAAUCAUACACCAUAUGGUAAACUCUACACCCAAACUGUUUGGCUCUGAUUAUGGGUGGUAUGCGUAAAGAAUCAGUUUACCAGUGCAACAGAUUCCAACAAAAAGUGCAGUUAGAUUUUGAAGGGUUGGCCGUGGUUAGGGUUAAGUAACAUACAUGUAGUGGAUAAAAAAAAAAGCUCAGCGGAAACAAUCCAACUGCUGUCAAUGUAAAAUGAACUGUUGCUAGUGCAGGUAAAUACAAUCAUUUAUUACACGAAUCAUGUUCAACUACUACUAGUCCAAAUCUGACCGAACCGUUGAAUGGCGAACGUUCAUUUACAAUGAUCAUUCGUCAUCUUGCAGUAUUAUGCCCCCAUGAUAGAUGAAGAUGACCUCAAUAGGAGCAGGUGUAUUUAAAAAGUGUUUGAAGUCCGUCUGCUGUUGUCCUCGGAUCAACUCAUUUCCCCCUCGUUUUUCGCUUCGUCAUUCAAAAUUGAAAAACACUGUAUAAAGUCUUGUAAAGAUUGGAGUUUCCUCCUUUUUUGUGUAUUACUGUCACGUUGCAUGCCUGAUCACAUCGUUAUCAAAUGAAGUCUGAGGGGCUUUUGAAUCUGUAAAGCCAGGACAAUUAGUGCCAGAAAUCUCGCUGUUAAAGUAGCCUAAAAA